AUGAGGAAUCACACGCAAGUGACUGAGUUCAUCCUCCUAGGGCUCAUGGACGACCCGGACUUGCAAGCGGUGAUUUUCCUCUACAUGUCUUGCACCUACAUACUGAGUGUCACCGGCAACCUGAUCAUUGUCACCCUCACCCUACUGGAUUCCUGCCUCCUCGCCCCUGUGUAUUUCUUCCUGCGCUGCUUCUCCUUCCUGGAGAUCUGCGUCACCUCCGCCUGCAUCCCCAGAUUCCUCGCUACCAUAAUCACAGGGGACAGAAACAUUUCCUACAACUGUUGUGCAACUCAGCUAUUCUUUUUUCUGCUGGGGGUGACCGCGUUCUUCCUCCUGGCCGCCAUGUCCUAUGACCGCUAUGUCGCCAUCUGCCGGCCGCUGCACUACACGACCGUCAUGAGCCAGAGAGUCUGCACCCUGCUGCUCCUCUGCUCCUGGCUAACCGGGUUCCUGUUCAUCUGUCCUCCCCUCAUCCUUGGCCUCCAACUGGACCUCUGUGGCCCGGUAGCCAUCGACCAUUUCUUCUGUGACAUCUCCCCUCUGCUCCUGCUCUCCUGCUCGUACACCGGGUUCCUGGAGCUGAUGGCUUUCGUCUUGGCCAUGGGGACACAACUGGUCACCUUGGUGUUAGUGGCCGUGUCCUACUCAGCCAUCACCCGCGCCAUCCUGAGACUGCCCUCCGCUCAGCAGAGGAAAAAGGCCUUUUCCACCUGCUCCUCCCACACGGUCGUGGUCUCCAUCACAUACGGGAGCUGCAUCUGUAUGUACAUCAAACCGUCUGCCAAGGACAGGGUGGACUUAAACAAGGGGGUGGCCCUGCUCUUCACUUCCGUGGUCCCCAUACUGAACCCCUUCAUCUACACCUUACGGAACCAGCAGGUCAAGCAGGCCAUCAGGGACCUGGUGUACCGAGUUGAAUUUAUCACCAAGGGGACCUGA